UGUUACCACCAGACAAUUAAUUCGCCAUGGAGCAUCUGAGACAAACCUUUGCCCAAUGCCAACAAGAGGGACGUCCGGCAUUAGUCACGUAUGUGACGGCUGGUUUCCCCACGGCGGAAGAAACGCCGGACAUCAUGCUGGGUAUGCAGGCCGGAGGAGCUGGUGAGUCAUUCUGGAGACCAUCUUCCUCGAAAACUGUGCCGAUCCUGAUGGAUGUCUUGAAGACAUUAUUGAACUGGGUCUCCCAUUCACCGACCCGAUUGCAGAUGGUGAAACCAUCCAAAAAUCGAACCUGAAGGCCCUCCAAAAUGGAGUCACGAUUACCUCCAUGUUAGAAAUGGUGCGGGAGGCGCGCCGGAAAGGGCUCAAGGCCCCUGUCCUCUUCAUGGGCUACUACAACCCCCUCCUACGCUACGGGGAAUCUCAAAUCCUGAGUGAUUGCAAGGAUGCGGGGGUCAAUGGUUUCAUUAUUGUUGACUUGCCUCCGGAAGAAGCAAUUCGCUUCCGAAAUGGCUGCACUAAGAUGGGGUAUGUGACUAACCGUAUGUAAAGAAUGUCCGGCUUAUUGACUCCUUUCCCAGCCUCUCAUAUGUCCCACUGAUCGCUCCUUCCACUACCGAAGAGCGCAUGAGGACACUCUGCGGCAUGGCUGAUUCAUUUAUUUAUCUCGUCUCCCGCAUGGGCGUCACUGGCGCUACGGGGACCCUCAACAUAGAGCUUCCGGCUCUGAUUCAGCGCGUCAAGGGGCUAUCGGGCAAUAUCCCCGUGGCAGUCGGGUUUGGAAUCAGCACACGGGAGCAUUUCCUGAGCGUGACCUCCAUCGCCGAUGGUGCGGUCAUUGGGAGCCAGGUGAUUAACAUACUGAGUGACGCGCCGCCCGGCGGAGCCGCUCAGGCAGCCGAGGACUACUGUUCAUUGAUCACCCAAAGGAAGGUUCAUCGCGAUGAGUCGAUGAGUGAAAUUUCCGGGGCAACAGAAAAGAAUGUGGCUGUUCCGACCGGCGACGCAGAGGCAGCGGUAACCAAUGGACCAGGACGAUUCGGUACCUUCGGUGGUCAAUAUGCCCCCGAGGCGCUGACAACGUGUCUUGCGGAACUCGAGGCUGGUUUCCAGCAGGCCCUCGAUGAUCCGACCUUCUGGGAGGAAUACCGGUCGUACUAUCCUUACAUGGGCCGCCCAUCGAGUCUUCACCAAGCGUCGCGGCUGACCGAGCACGUUGGAGGCGCAAACAUAUGGUUAAAACGGGAAGACCUCAACCAUACUGGAUCUCAUAAGAUCAACAAUGCCCUGGGUCAGAUCCUUGUCGCUCGACGGUUAGGUAAGACAGAAAUCAUUGCCGAGACGGGUGCAGGUCAACAUGGUGUUGCGACGGCCACUGUUUGUGCGAAGUUCGGCAUGAAAUGUACUAUCUACAUGGGCGCGGAGGAUGUCCGUCGACAGGCGUUGAAUGUGUUCCGGAUCCGCUUGUUGGGCGCCACGGUGGUCCCCGUUGAUUCAGGCUCGCGGACCCUCCGUGAUGCCGUCAAUGAAGCCUUCCGCGCGUGGAUUGUCCGUCUCGAUACCACCCACUAUAUUAUCGGAUCCGCGAUCGGGCCACAUCCCUUCCCCACCAUGGUCAGAACGUUCCAGAGUGUGAUUGGUAAUGAAACCAAGGCCCAGAUGCACGAGUUGGGCAAGAGUCCGGACGCCGUGGUUGCCUGUGUGGGUGGUGGGUCCAACUCGGUUGGCAUGUUCUACCCUUUCUCAAAUGAUCUCUCGGUCCAACUAGUUGGUGUAGAAGCCGCCGGAGAUGGGUUGGACACAGAAAGACACUCAGCGACUUUGACUGGUGGUUCCGUAGGGGUCCUACAUGGCGUUCGCACAUAUGUCCUACAGGACCAACACGGCCAGAUCUCUGAGACUCAUUCCGUUUCUGCAGGCCUAGAUUACCCUGGAGUAGGGCCGGAACUGGCACACUGGAAAGAAAGUAAACGGGCUACAUUCCUGUCGGCUACUGAUGUCCAGGCCUUUGAAGGAUUCCGCCUGCUCAGCCAGUUGGAAGGCAUUAUUCCGGCGCUAGAAACAUCUCACGCGGUGUGGGGUGCUAUUGAAAUCGCAAAGAAGCUGGGACCUGGGAAGGAUAUUGUUUUGUGUUUGAGUGGUCGCGGGGAUAAAGACGUGCAGACCGUGGCCGAUGAAUUGCCCAGGAUUGGGCCUCAGAUUGGAUGGGACUUGCGGUUUUAAGUCCACACUCAAUCUGCAUCUAUAAAAGUCUAAGGCUGAAGAGGAUAGCAACUUCAAUAAACAAAAUAGUAAUACACAGCCUUCUUUC